AUGCUCGUCUCGCGUAUGUGUUUCUUCGAUCUUUCGAUACCGUGGCUAGACAAGUUGAUUAGUGGUUCUGAUUUUGGCUUCGAUCAAAGCUCUUGUAUUGGCCUUACACUGAUUCGAGGUGGAGGAUUGGGAGAAAGAAGGAAAGGACGUUGCAAUGGAGGUGAUGAUGGUAAUUGGUGUUGGCCGCGACGCGCUUCACUAGAGAAAAUGAGAAAAGAAUCUCGUGCGGCACCGAGAAAGAGAGAGGAGGGAUUUUGGGCGAAGAAGCACAAUCGUCGCUAUGUUUCAACCCUAUCCCUAAUUGUCAAAACGACAUCAUUGAGAAGCUGA